AUCACAAUGAGAAAUUCUUCGAUUCUAAUAUUCUAAACAUGUUAAAACCACAUUAUUCGAUUCUUCACACAAAAAUUAAACACUAAACUAAGCAUAUAUCACAUCCCAAAUCCAAAUUUUGAAAUCCGCAUUUCAUUUCAUCUGUACCAAACCCACCACUGUGAUUCCUAUGAUCUCAUCAAUACAAUAUAAUAAUAUACCUUAUUAGCUUUUCAAGUGCAUUCUCAUGCAUCUUGUUUGUUUAGAUGCACAAAAAAUAAAGCACAUAAAAACAUUGUAGACCCCAUUUUUCUCAUGCAAAAUGACGACAUAAUUCACCAAAAAACAAAAUUUCAUCUCUGCCUUCCACUCCAUCUCUCUCAUAGUAUAAUUUUUAGUGAAUUUCCUCCAAAACCCCUUCAACAAUCCAAAUAAUUACCAUAACCUCUUUUUUCUUAGCUAUAUAUAAACGCCCCUUCUUUCCUCCUUUCCUCAACUCUCAAUUCACCCUUUCUUUCCUUCACUUAGUUUUAUCCAUCAUCCUCUUUAGAAAAAAAGAAGGAAAAACACACAGUCACACAGUAAACAAACAAACAAACAAAAAAAAAAAAAACCAAAAAUGGACGUUCAUUUCGCAAUCCAUAGUUCAGCUGCAAAAACAAUGGGAAUAGCGCAAAGCCCAUCAUCAUCGGCCACCGGCUCGACGGUGCCGCGAUCGCCGUGGCACUCGCCGGUGCCUUACUUAUUCGGCGGGCUGGCGGCGAUGUUGGGUCUCAUUGCUUUCGCUUUAUUAAUUCUAGCUUGUUCCUACUGGAGGCUUUCCGGGUACCUCGAAAGCGGGUCCGGCAACGGCGAAAGAGACCUGGAAUCCGGCGAAGGCGAAGCCGGUUCCGAUGAAAACGAUUUGAAGAAAACAAAACCGGUUUUUGAAGAGAAGUUUCUGGUGAUCAUGCCUGGACAAGAAAAACCCACUUGUUUGGCUACUCCGAUGUCGAGCCGGGCUUCGUCUUUCGGUAGUACCGGAAGUUGUAAUAGUUCAUGUAGUUCUACUUCUUCCGCUUCCAUUUCAACUGAAUCCAAAAAGGAAGAAGAAAAUGACGAUUUCAGCCACCAAGAUGUUGAGAUGGGAAGAAUGGAUGACCACCGCCACGUCACCAACCAAGAAAAUCAGGUCUCAUAAAAUUUUCAUUUUCUUUUUCUCUCCACCCCUUUUGUUGUCGCUUUGGUUUUGGCUUUUUAUCAGCCAUUGGAGCUGUUGAAAGGAUUCUUGAAAAACGAAAGAAAAAAAAAAUGCCAAAAAAAUCAGUGGAGAAGGAGAGGAGCAAAUGAAAAUUUUCUAUAAAGAAUUGGAAUUGGGGUAGAAUUCGAAUUCCUUAACAUUUGACAGAGAAGGGAGGCUUUAGAUUGGAAAAAGCCUAGGUGGGGUGUCGUAUUUUCUCGCUGAUAUGAUUAGAUAUUUCGGGAAAUGUAAAUAUUUCAUUGAGAGAUGGACGGUAUUAUAAUAUAUAUCAACCUUUCAUUUACAUAUAAUGUUACAAUUUGGCUUGUUUUCUUUUUUUGUUUGCUGAUAAAAUAAUUAUUGUUUUUUUAAAAUUCAUUUUUACGUGGCAGUCUCCUUCAUUUCUUUAUUUUGUUAAGGAAAUGGACAAUAUUUUAGCGGUUGAUUGUGUUUUAUCUACUUUGUUCUGGUAAUGGAACCAGUGAACCACAAUGGAAUUCUCGUUUCUCACCCAACUCUAUUUCCACUAGCUCCCCACGUUAUUUUUCACCCCGAUUUUUUUCCUUUUUAAAAAUUGAAUGUCUAUAACAAUCUCUCAAAACUCCUAUAUCGUCAUAAAGAGAUAUUCCUGUCGUUAUUAUUCCACUCAACUCUCUCAUCCAGUCACGUUAUUUUCCACUUUCUUCCAAAAAGAAACGAUCAAUUCCCUUUAUUUUCCUCAAAAAGCUUGGUUGUACAUUUUUGGGGGUGAAAGUUGAGGUUUUUAGAUUACUUAACCAAAACAGAUUUAAAAACUUUCAUAUUAUAUAUAUAUGUACUGUUUUUUCACUUUGUUGAAUCAUUUUUAUUUUAACAAAAUCACUAUUUAAAUGAGACGGAAGAUAAAUGAGUCGGAACAAGUAUAGGCAGAGACUUGACCAAAAAAACACAUUUCAAUUGUUAUAGAGUAAAUCAUAGAAUUGAGGACACUGGUUCUAUAUUAUUGGAAACAUUUAUGUAAACAGUGUUUCAGAUGGAUAAGAACCUGAAAGGGAAAAAGCAACAUGAAUGAAUGACCAAAUUUGAUGCAGUAGUACAUAGUACACUUCAUUUUUUUCAGUAUUUUAUCCAAGAAAAGAAUCCCAUGAGAAUUCGUGAAAUGAACCAACAAAAAAUUGUAAUAUUGUUGGUCACGUGACACCUGAACGAAUAACACGUGCAAUAAACGUAACAGCGUAAUACUAUAUAUUCGUCAUUAUUCAAAAUCACUGUGAUUAAACAGUCUGGCAAUUCUUUUUUGUUGCGGCGUUUCGUGAUCGUAAACCAUGGAUUUCUUACGGUACCACUUUAGUAGUCUAUUCCGUUAAUUGACUUCAAUUCUAUUAGGUAAUCAUUAUAUCAAGGCGUCACCCACAGAAAAAUCAAACCAAUUUUUGUGUGUGUGUGAGUGUGUGUGUGUGUGUGUGUGUGUGUGUGUGUUAAUUUGAU